UCAAUUUUACAGGGUGUAUAUUUUAACAGAGUUUAAAACAAGAGGUAACGGACUGAAAGUGAGGUUAGUCUGCAGUCACAGCUGGGACAGGAAGCACGUGACUCCUGAGAGGGGAGUUUGGGCCAAAGCCUCAUUAUACUUGCUGAACGGGUGGCAGCCCUGCCACAAGCGGCAUCUGGAAGCUGGACCCCUGGCCACCCUCCUUCCCCAUCGCAGCCACGCCCUUUAGCAGAUGACAGGCGGUUCUCGGCUGUUCCCUGGGAGCCCGUGGACGCCACUCGAGAUGUCCCCUUUUGGUGGCUGGGGACUGCUCUCGGCCUUCCUCGCCCUGCUCUGCUGCACAGGGUCUGGCGAGGAGGCAUUCGAGGUACGCAUGUGGCCAGAGCAGCUGAUGGUGGAGUCCGGGGAGUCUCAGGUGAUUAACUGUAGUACCACCUGUACCCAGCCCAACACCGGUGGUCUGGAGACCACCCUACACAAGACUCUCCUGGCGGAACAGGAUCAGUGGAAGCUGUAUGAGGUCUUCAACAUCUCCCAGGACACAGAUGUCAUUUGCCAUUUCACUUGCUCCGGGAAGCAGGAGUCCAAGAGCCUGAACAUCAGUGUGUUCCACCCUCCAAAGCAAGUGCUGCUGAAGUUAUGGCCCACUUUAGUGGCUGUAGGGAGAUCGUUCACCAUCCAGUGCAGGGUGCCCUCUGUGGCACCCCUCGAAGGUCUCACUGUCACCCUGCUCCAUGGCAGUGAGAUCGUAUACAGCCAGACCUUUGUGGGGACAACACUUUCCCCCCAAGAGGCCAUGGUCACCCACAACACCACGGCUCACCGGGAAGAUGACCGCCACAACUUCUCCUGCCGGGCCGAGAUGGACCUGCGCUCUCGCGGCGGGGACCUCAUUCACAGCGUCUCAGAUCCCCAGGCGCUCGACGUCUAUGAGCCCGCACAAGACAACCAGGUGGUGGCCAUCAUCACGGUCGUGUCAGUGCUGCUCUUCUUGUUUGUGACAUCUGUCCUGCUGUGCUUUGUCUUUGGGCAGCAGUGGCACCAGAGGCGGACAGGUACCUACGGGGUGCAAGCUGCUUGGAGGAGGCUGAGGUGGGCCUACCGGGCAUAGCCUACGUGAGCGGCAUGGCCACCAGCACGGCGGCCACUGGGACUCAGCAUGGCUCCUUAGGGCUGUGGUUCAGCCCUGGCUGAAGGACCACGACAAGCAGCAGAGGACGUCAGGGACCCUCCCUUUCCUAGUCUGAAUACAAACACCUGGACUUAACCCUGUGCCUCAGUGUCUCCUCCUGGGAAUGGUCAGGAAGGGAGCCACCAGGCCCAGCCGGACUUCGGUCUCCAAAUGUCCCCUCAGCCUCCCUCCACCCUCUCCUUCACAGGGGACUUCCAGAGCCCCGGGGAGCCCAGGCCCUGGGGCACCCCCAUGCUGACCAGCCCAGGCACCAGACGCCCACCCUCAUUGGACACUGAGCGACUCAUUCCUACUGAGGGUGGGUGGGGAGAUGCACCAUGGCCCAGAGGGGCAGAGAGACACUCUGUUCCCACGUGGCCCUCUGGGACCGCAGGCCCUCUGUGUCAGAGCAGGGCAUGGCUCUGACCUUUCCUUUCUGUCAACAGAGCCAGCUUCCAGGGGUAAGCAUGGGGGCCCCAAGGGCUCAGCUUCAGGAUCUCCUCAGCCAGGCCUCCCCCAUCACUCUGGGCCUGCAGAGAGCCACGGACAACAAACGCUGUCCUCGCCUCUUA